AUGAUACACGCCAUUCUUGUCUUUAACAACGAUGGCCGUCCGAGACUUGUGCGGUUCUACAACGACACGCCGCUUGCCAAACAGCAAUCACUGCUUCGACAAGUACAUGCUCUUGUCUCCAAGAGGAGUCCGACAGACUCCUGCAUGCUUCAUUUGGAGGACGCCCAUGUUGUCUACAGACACUAUGCAACGCUAUACUUUGCGCUCCUUGUAGACGAACACGAAUCUCCCUUGGCAAUGCUUGACCUCAUCCAAGUGUUUGUGCAGACACUCAAUGCGUGUUUUGCCGACGUGUGUGAACUGGACGUUGUUUUCCACUGGGAGGUUGUUGCCAUAGCUCUUGGCGAAAUGAUAGAGGCCGGGAUGGUUGUGGAGACCUCCUUGCCCAAAAUAACGGCUGCUGUGGACUUGAUGAAUGGGCGAUAG